CGGCCCCAGAAUAACACCCUCCGGCCGCCCCUUUUACACCCGCAACACCCUUCCACCCCUUCUGUCCCAACGCUACCAACGCUCACAACAACUUCGCGCAGGCCGACGCGAUCGCACGGUGGGAAUGAUAUGGCGGAUGAUGCCACCGUGCAGGGACUACAACCGCCGAAUGCGCGAAGAGGUGGGGGAAGAAAUAGCACGAUUCCUGCUGGGCUUGGUAGUGCGGGGCCGGUGGCGAUGGAUAGUGAUGGCGGGCCCGGUAUGGCUGGGAUGAGACCGCGGAGCUCAAAGGGACGGAUUGCUGCCGUGAGGCAUGUUGCAUUUGUGGGAUAUCAUCGUGGAAAUAGUAUUGUACCUGGCGCGGAUGGAAUUGGCAAUGGCAGCGGGGUGAGGAAUGCGCGACGAUGGACGCGGUUCGAACUUACGGGACUCAGCGAGCAGCCCAACAAUAUCAGUUCUCCUGGCAAUAACCACAAUGGAAGCGAUGAUGGAACUGGCGGCGGGGACCGUAGCAGCGACGGCGCGGGAGACGGCACCGGUGCAGCGGGCACAUCCGCCCCCGAGAUCGAAGUAGAGCCGUACAAGCCCUUCCCGCUGCAAUCCAACUCAAGCUACUCACCAGCAGCCGUCUCCGAAACGAAACUGCACCGUCUCCCCCGCGUCGUCGCAUCACGAUACGCCGCGUACGCGCCCGCUGAGCCGGAAGUGCAGGCUACGAUUGAGCGGAGCGCGAAACGGUCGCGGAGGAGAGAGAUGAAGGCUGUGGAGGCGUUGAAGUGUGAGGUGAGGGAGGCGAGAAGGAAGUGGGGCGAUCCAGAGGGGAUGGAGAGGGAGGGGAGGGUGAUGGCCGAGCGGGCAAGGGAGAGGAUGAAGUGGAAGAUUGAAAGGGCGUUGGGAUUGAGAGACGCCGAAGUGCAACUCCUAGUCGAAGGCCAACCCAGCGCCAUCGACGCGAUCCUGCUCAAACAACACCUGGCGCUCUGUCCGCGGCUCAAACUCGAUAUGCGGAAAGCGUACACGGAGGAAGACCGGGCCCGUGUGGAUCGUAUCGUCGCAGGAUGGACGCGGUUUGAUUAGUGACGGUUUUUCAUGAACAAGAAAAUCACAAUGUCGGGUUGUAUAUAUGGUCGAUCAGCGUAGUCGUCGGGAUUGAUCUGCUGUUUCAGGUCUGCAAAGUUUGGCAGAGAAAUACUGAAUGUUGAGCAGUAUCA